AUGGACAAAGGUCAAUCGAAACCAAAAGCGCGUCGAUUUGAAAAUGCAUCCGGCGUGGGCAGCCGAUUUGCUCCAGGUUGGAUGGACAAAGGUCAAUCGAAACCAAAAGCGUAUCAUGGAAGGCUUAGCGACCGUACUCAUUCCAAUCAGCGUGUCGAACGAGACCGAAAACGGGAACUUUCGGAAGAUUUUCUCCGCUAUGAAGUUCAUAAAAAUCCGGAACAGUUGAUGGAAGUAAUCAACAUCAUUUUUGAUAAAGCUGUCGAGGAGCCAGCUUUUUGCGCCCUUUACAGAUGUGGAUAUAAGCCGAUUGUAGCAUCCAGGUUGACGUUGGAUGUCAAAGUAUCGAAGGAAUGGAUACAGAAAGCAGGAAAGAAUGAGGGAAGGAGGCAAGAAUGA